AUGGCCGAUCCAAAAGAAGGAGGAAUCACAAAGAAAGGCCAUCAAGAAGGUCUUAAACUUGCAGUAUCUGUUCUUGAAGAAUACGGUCUUCCAUUAGGUCUCCUUCCUCUAGCCGAUGUAAUUGAAGUGGGCUUCGUCAAGACCACCGGUUACAUGUGGAUUGUGCAGAAGAAAAAAGUUGAACAUACUUUCAAGCUGAUUAAAAAGCAAGUUAGUUACGACACUGAAAUCACUGGUUAUGUGGAGAAGAAGAGGAUUAAGAAACUCAAGGGAGUCAAAGCCAAAGAGUUGAUGUUGUGGCCACCGGUAAAUGACAUCAGUGUUCGAAGACGUCUGACAAUUAGGGCACCAUUGUUAAUAAUUUCCUAA